UUUUCCCAGCAUCUUUCUUUCCCUGCCCGAGCACGAAGCGAACGCGCAUCCGGCGGCGUGCACGGCGGCGGGGGGUGUCCGCCGGCGGCUCCCCGCGUGCUCGAGGCCGGGGCGACGCGGCGUCGCGGGGAGGUGGAGCAGCCCACGGAGAGCUAGCUGCAUCCCCGCAGCCACCGUUCCCGCAGCAAGCGCAAGCGGCAGCCGGAGCACGGCGGCUCCUCGGCCAAGCGGUUCCGCAUCCUCCCCGGGCAGACGGCGUCGCGUACGGCAGCUGCAUCCCGCUGUGCUGGGGUAGGGGCUUUUCCCUCCCCACCACCCCCCCCCGGGUGGGGGGGUGUGGGGACACCCCCCAGCUAGCUUUGGGGUCCGGGGGUUGGUGGUGUAGGUGGUGGUGGUGGUGGGGGGGUGUCUUUCUGCUCGCAAGUGGGUCGGUGGGGAACCGUCGCGGCAGGGCUGGGAUUAGCGGAGGCGUGCGGGGUGGCCCGGGGGGCCCCUCGGCAGAGUGGAGAUGCUGCCCUGGCGCCGGAGCAAGUUCGUGCUGGUGGAAAAUGAACGUAAGUGCAAAGGCAAGAGCCUGGGGCCGGGGCUGAGCUACGCCGCGUUGCUGGCCGGCUUCCUGCGCUCCUGCCCGGACCUCCUGCCCGACUGCCCGCUCGAACGGCUGGGCAGCGUCUUCCGCGGCAAACGCCAGAAAGUGGAGCUGAAUAAGGAGGACCCGACGUACACGGUGCGGUACCUGGGCAACGCCGUCACCCUGCACGCCAAGGGCGAGGGCUGCACGGAGGAGGCGGUGGGCAAGAUCUGGGCUAAGAGCGACGCGGGGGCCGGCGGGGCCAAGAUGAAGCUGACGUUGGGACCCCAAGGCAUCCGUAUGACCCCCUGCGAGAAGGGAGCCCGCCGGCCGGGCCACGCGUACCUCCUGCACCGCAUCACUUACUGCGCCGCCGACCGCCGGCACCCCAAAGUCUUCGCCUGGGUUUACCGGCACCAGGUGAAGAACAAGGCGGUGGUGCUGCGCUGCCACGCCGUCCUGGUCUCCAAAGCCGACAAGGCUCGCGCCAUGGCCCUGCUCCUCUACCAGACCUCUGCCUCCGCCUUCAACGAGUUCAAGCGCCUCAAAAGGCAGAACGAUUUCCGCCACGUCCAGCAGCAGCUCCUGGGCGACGCCAUCGUCCCCUUGGUGCCCCUCCGCCGGCUGCUCAACGCCAAGUGUCCCUACCGCCCGCCCGCCGAGAGGGCCCGCUGUGCCCCCCGACUCAGCUCCAUCCUGGAGGAGGAGGAGGAGGAGGCCUUCGGCACCGGGGCACCCCGAGGGGACGGCGGCCCCGGCGAGCGAGCCGCCGUGCUGCGGCUGGCCAGGGAGAUGCGGGGAUGCAGCCUGCGCGGCCCCCGGCCCCCGGCGUGCUGAGCGGCAGCGGUGGGUCACCCCGUUUUGGGGACGAGGUGCCCUCCCCGUGCCCCUAGCCGAAGUCGGACCCGCCUCGGGGACAAAUCUGGACAAGACAGUGGCUUCGUUUGCAAGGAAGACCCCUGGGGGGGUGGGUUUGCACCCCGGGGACCCCCCCCGCCCCGGCCCCCACCCCUGAACCUGUUCUCGUGCCUCCUCCGCGGCAGCCAUAAUAAAGUUAAUGUGUGUUUUCUGCGGUGUAA